GGAUAUUAUCCAGUCUAGUACUUUUGUAAGCUGUAGCGCCUUAUUAUGACGACAGUGUUAUCUGAUACAAGUUUAAAAAGUGUAUUUAUUUCCAUUCAUUAGAGUUAGAACUAAUGAAUUAUGAAAUAAAAUAUAUAGGUCAUCAGUUUUUAAGAUGCAAGACAUACAUAAACAGAAUCUGUAUCACCGUCAGAAAAUUGCAAUUUUCCUUAAACAGCGUUAUCAUAAUGUCAUAAAAACUGGUUAUGACGAUAUAAUGCCAUUCAUAACAAUUUCAUGAAACUGUUUCUUCACAAAGUAUACAAAUUGUCUAUAAAAAUAAAGGAAAUCUAUCGCAUAAUGGACUUGAUAAAGAAAUCAAUAAAAACAGAGUUAUUGCCCUUGGAUUCAAUAUUUUGAAACAUAUCAAUGAAUAUUCAUCUAUAAUUUCGACUUUUGAAAUAAUUUAGUUUUAACAAGAUUUUUUACAAUAACUAUCGGAAAAGUUUAUGUUCCUAUUAUGCAUAAAUCUUAAUAAAUCAUUUUGAAAAAUCUGAUGACAUCACAGGAGGGUGGAAUUAAUGCUUUCUUUGUUGUUUUAUCGGGUGAUGAAGGUAGCAAGCAUUGCAGAAAAAAAAAUCCUAUGCAUAAGAGGGAAGGCAAUGAAAAAUGAUCAAUCUAGAAAAUUCUAUAAAGAACACAAAAGAAGAGAAAAGGGCAAACACGGACCCUGGGCACACCAAAGGUGGGAUCAGGUGCCAGGAAGAGGUGGGAUCAGGUGCACAGGAGGAGGUGGGAUCAGGUGUCCAGGAGGAAGUGUGAUCAGGUGUCCAGGAGGAAGUGUGAUCAGGUGCACAGGAGGAGGUGGGAUCAGGUGUCCAGGAGGAAGUGUGAUCAGGUGUCCAGGAGGAGGUAGGAUCAGAUGUCCAGGAGGAAGUGUGAUCAGGUGUCCAGGAGGAAGUGUGAUCAGGUGUCCAGGAGGAGGUAGGAUCAGAUGUCCAGGAGGAAGUGUGAUCAGGUGUCCAGGAGGAAGUGUGAUCAGGUGUCCAGGAGGAGGUAGGAUCAGAUGUCCAGGAGGAAGUGUGAUCAGGUGCCAGGAAGAGGUGGGAUCAGGUGCACAGGAGGAGGUGGGAUCAGGUGUCCAGGAGGAAGUGUGAUCAGGUGUCCAGGAGGAAGUGUGAUCAGGUGUCCAGGAGGAGGCAGAACACUUAGUUACAGACAGAAGUUGAGCCAUAUUUAUGUACUUCCAGAUCUGCAGCAAAUUGCACAGUGACUUAUUGUAUUUUUGUGUCUAAUAAAAAUUAUUUUUGUGUCUAAUAAAAAAAUAAAAAUAGUACCAGUAGACUUUUA